GCCUUCUAAGAUGAGGUUAUGUAAGAUGUCAGUCAUCAUCGCCGUGGUGAUAUUUGGCACAGUCCUCUGCUGCUUCCUGUCUAGAAGCCCCGUUACCACAAACAUGAAACACAGGCUCCUUCCCUCCUGGGAACCAAUGCCAUCAUCAUCAUCAUCAUCAUCCCCUUCCUCCUCCUCAGCAGCGCUGUCAGGGAGACGUAGGGGGCGUUCCACAGCAGGUGUCACCUCCAUCUUGUCAGAAUUCAUGCAGAUGUUCCAGUCCUUCACCGAGGAAGAGGUGAAGAACUUGAUUGACAGGCUUGUUGCAAAGAAGCAGCGUCGAGAGAGCAAUCAGACUGGGCGUCGGCCUAAGCGUGCUGGUGGACAGUGUUCCCUUCGAGAGGCACAGUUGACAGUCACUGACCUGGGCCUUGGCUACCUUAGCGAUGAGACCAUAAGCUUCCGCUACUGUAGCGGCUCCUGCCGUCAGAAGCGACGCAACUAUGACCUCAUCAUGAAGAAAUGGAGAGGGGAGGGUGUGUCCCGGAGAGACCGCGCCCCCUGCUGUCGGCCAAUAGAGUACGAGGGAGACAUUGUGGUGUUGGACAUCAAUAAUAAAUACAAGACAUUGCAUGAAUACUCGGCACAGAAAUGUGGCUGUGUAUGACACAUUGCUAUCACGUCGAUUUCACUGACCACUUAACAGAAAGGAAACAAGAUGUCUAGUGCUG